AUGUUCGAAAGUUUAUCGAUAAUGGAUUCGUUGUCGCCUGCGGUGUUUGUUCAGGCCGCGUCGCAAGCUGCUACCUGUGCUGAUAUUGGAUUGUCAAUGAGUGGGAUGGAAGAUGAUCGGAUAUUGGAAGCUGUGCUAUUGUUGAAUCGGGACAACUCCGUUCCAGCCCAUGUCAAGCUGUUUUUGAAUUACCUGCUCGAUAACUCGCGUAAAUAG